GUGCCAAGAGUGGUGGUGGGGGGUGGAAAUAAUCAAUAAAUCGUCGGGGAUUGUUUUUUGAGGGCUGAUCCAAAUCAAGCGGGGCCAAUCCUUCCUUCAGGGCUGGUGCUUGUUCAGUCGUCAAAUCUCGAAUGUUGUCGCGGUUUUAGGGUUCCCAGCUCACUAUUAUGUCAAUAUCAUACAUUUCUGGAUUAAGUCUGAUUGGGAACACACUAUCUAAUUUGCGAACCAUCCUAAAUGGUUUUCAACCUCGAACAAGCGCAUUUGGUACAGAUAUACAGAGUAAAAGGGGUAUAGGAUACUUGUAGAAACCCUCCCCCCCCUUUAUCUUCAAGAAGAAGCCCUGAAGCUUCUACUAGCGCGAAUUAGGUAGUAGGGACCGCCUUCCCAAAUAGCCUUAGUCCCCACAGCGGAGACAAUAAAACCCCACCGCCUAAGCUCCAGAGCGGAAAUUGUUCCGGAGCUAUUCACCGCCCGACAAUCAACCUUUCUUUUGUAUUAACACAUCGGCUCAGAAAAAGCAUCAACAACAUCCACCCAUGAAACCAGUCAAUUAAAAACAAACAACCACGUAACCAAUCCAACAUGCCCCCCAAAGCCGCCAAGGGCGAAUACAUUGAAACAGACACAGGGAAUAAAAUCUCCCGCCGGUCUCAAAUUCACGGAACACAGCAUAUUAUCCUCGGUGGUAAAACGGUCAUUCAGGGUGAGGCUGUCAUUCGGGGCGACCUCUACCGUACAUCCACUAGUUCCAGUGCAAGCGGCGACCAGGGAGGACAACAGCAGCCGGCGACAUCGACGCCGUCCGUCGCGAUUACGAUCGGGCGCUAUAGUUAUAUCUCAAAGCAGGCUAUACUAAGGCCCCCCUCGAGAUUACAUCGGGGCGUGCAUUCGUUUUAUCCGCUGAAGAUUGGGGAUCAUGUUUUUGUGGGGGAGAGGGCGGUUGUUGAGGCGGCUAGUGUGGGGAACCAUGUCCAUGUGGGGAGGGAUGCGGUGAUCGGGAGUAUGGCUAUCUUGAAGGAUUUUGCAUAUGUGCUUGAUGGUGCGGUUGUCGCGCCGGGCAUGGUGGUGCCGAGUUGGUGUGUGGUUGGUGGUGCACCGGCGAGGAUUGUCGGGGAGGUUGGUGAGGGGUAUGGGGUUGAGGGAGCCGAGGGGGGUAUGGCCAGGGAAAGGUACCGGUUGGUCGGGAGGUAGAGAUGGUUGGGUUUGACGUGUGACGCUUGUGCUUUAGUUUUUUGUCUUUCGGUGUUGUUAUUAUACCCC